AGCGCUGCGGAGAUCAUGGCCGUGCUCUUCUUCCACACGAUGCGGUACAAACAGACGGAGCCCGAGCACCCCAACAAUGACCGAUUCGUCCUCUCCAAGCGGCUGCCGUUCGUGGACGUGGCCACGGGCUCCCUUGGGCAAGGGCUGGGCGCUGCGUGUGGAAUGGCCUACACCGGCAAGUACUUCGACAAGGCCAGCUACCGCGUGUUCUGCCUCCUGGGGGACGGGGAGUCCUCCGAGGGUUCGGUCUGGGAGGCCCUGGCCUUCGCCUCCCACUACCAUCUGGACAACCUCGUGGCGGUCUUCGACGUGAACCGCUUGGGGCAAAGCGGCACCACACCCUUGGGGCACUGCACCGACGCGUACCAGAGGCGCUGUGAGGCCUUUGGGUGGAACACCUGCUUGGUGGACGGCCACGACGUGGAGGCCUUGUGUCGGGCGUUUUGGCAAGCAACCCAGGUACAGAACAAGCCCACGGCCGUCAUCGCCAAGACCUUCAAGGGUCGAGGCAUCCCAAACAUUGAAGACGCAGAAAACUGGCAUGGGAAGCCAGUGCCAAAAGAGAGAGCGGAUGCCAUUGUCAAGUUGAUCCAGAGUCAGAUCCAGACCCACAGCAUUCUCCUACCGAAAGCCCCCGUGGAAGACUCCCCUCCGGUCAAGAUCACGAAUAUAAAGAUGACCUCUCCGCCGGCUUACAAAGUCGGCGACAUGAUGUCCACUCGAAAAGCAUGUGGUUUGGCUCUAGCCAAACUGGGUCACGCCCACGAAAGGGUGAUCGUCCUGGACGGUGACACGAAAAACUCCACCUUCUCCGAGAUAUUCAAGAGCGAGCACCCGGAGCGUUUCAUAGAAUGCUUUAUCGCGGAGCAGAACAUGGUGAGCGUGGCCCUGGGGUGCGCCGCACGUGGUCGGACCGUAGCUUUUGCCAACACCUUCGCCGCCUUUUUAACUCGAGCUUUCGAUCAGCUCCGAAUGGGAGCCAUCUCUGAGACCAACAUCAACCUGGUUGGUUCCCACUGUGGCGUGUCCGUAGGUGAGGAUGGCCCUUCCCAGAUGGCCCUGGAGGAUCUCGCCAUGUUCAGAAGCAUUCCGGGCUGCACCGUUUUCUACCCGAGCGACGCGGUCUCCACCGAGCACGCUGUGCGUCUCGCUGCCAACAUCAAAGGGAUGUGCUUCAUCCGCACCAGCAGACCAGAAACUGCAGUUCUCUAUACUCCGCAAGAAAAUUUUGCGGUUGGACAGGCCAAGGUAUUGUGCCACAGUGUUGAGGACAAGGCCACGGUCAUCGGAGCUGGGGUCACUCUGCACGAAGCCUUAGCUGCCGCUGGAGGUCUUUCUCAAGAAGGUAUUUCUAUUCGGGUCAUUGACCUGUUCACCGUGAAACCCCUGGAUGCAGCCACCAUCAUCUCCAACGCGAGAGCCACGGGGGGUCGGCUGCUCACCGUGGAGGACCACUACCCAGAGGGCGGCAUCGGAGAGGCGGUUUGCGCCGCCGUGGCCCAGGAGCCGGACAUCCGUGUCCGCCAGCUGGCAGUGUCCCACGUGCCCCGGAGUGGGAAACCCAGCGAACUGCUGGACAUGUUCGGGAUUAGUGCUAGACACAUUGCGGAGGCUGUCAAGUGCAUGUUGAACUAG